CCGACACGCCUCUGCAGAACAUCAAUUGCUCCCGUCGUCCGCUUGCGCGUAAUGAGCACCUCCGAGACCCCCGCAAAGAAGCUCAAGAUGGCUGGGCCUUUGAUCGGAACGCAUAACGGCCACUUCCACGCCGACGAAGCUCUCGCCGUCUACCUGCUCCGCCUGCUCCCCACCUACGCCUCCUCCCCCCUCGUCCGCACCCGCGACCCCUCGGUUCUCUCCACCUGCCACACCGUCGUCGAUGUCGGCGGCGUCUAUGAUGCCUCCACCAACCGCUACGACCACCAUCAGCGCGAGUUCUCUGCCGUCUACCCCGGCCACAACACCAAGCUCUCCUCCGCGGGGCUCGUCUACCUCCACUUCGGCAAAGACAUCAUCGCACAGCACACCGGCCUGGACGUCGCAUCCGAAGAUGUCACCAUCCUAUGGGAGAAACUCUACACCGACCUCAUCGAGUCCUUCGACGCCAACGACAACGGCAUCGACCAAUACAACAGCUCAGCUAUCGCAAAAGCAGGCAUAGAGAAGAACUUCGAAGAGCGCGGUUUCAGCAUCGCAAGCGUGGUCGGCCGGUACAACCGCGCGCCGCUGCCGACCUCGUUCUCGGACACCGCGCCGCAAGCCGAAGAAGACGCGCGGUUCGCUCGAGCAUCGGAGUUCACAGGCGAGCAGUUCAUCCUCGACCUCUCGGAUGCGUACAAGUCCUGGCUCCCCGCCCGCGCCACCGUGACACAGGCCUACAACGACCGCCUGCAGUACGACCCCCACGGCCGGAUCAUGGUUAUUCCUUACAAGAAGGAAGGUGUUCCGUGGUCGGACCAUUUGUACGGGCUCGAGAAGCGCACGGAGCAGAAGCCGGGUGUCCAGGCGCAGGUGCUGUAUGUGCUGUUCCCUGAAAACGGGGAUGCGGACAGCAAGUGGCGGAUCCGCGCUGUGUCGAAGGAGGGGAGCGGGUUUGAGAACCGGAAAGAUCUACCCGAUGCGUGGAAGGGAGUGCGGGAUGAGAAGCUGGACGAAGUGAGUGGGAUCCCUGGGUGCGUGUUCGUGCAUGCGGCUGGGUUCAUUGGAGGGAACAAGACGUUCGAGGGAGCGUUGAAGAUGGCGGCUGUGGCGGCGGAUGCGUGAGAAAGGGUAGGCAUUGGGUAUGGUGGGUAGGGAGGCGUCGAGGCGUUGGAUACCACGGAAUGGAUGGUUAGAUCUCCCAAAAGGUAGAUAUCACGGACUUCAAAAGUUAUUUUGGCAUAUCAGAAAAUCCAUUGAUGGGAGCCUUGUCUCCUCUGCAAAUCCCGAUCUCCUAGCUGGUUCAUGAGCUUCGUCAAUAAUAUGUCAAAAUCGAGUCAAAAUCACGCGGACUGGCUCCCGUUUAUACAUCUUGCAUCCUCA